AUGAGCGCUGGAGAGUUAACAUUAAAUGUAAAGUGUCAAGGUGGAGACAAGGGACAAUGUAACUGCGGUGCUGGUCCACUUCCUGGCAUUACUGCCAAAAAGGAGACUGACCUACAAUCUGUUAGAGGCUUUUACAGCUAUGUUCAUGAAAGAAAAACACCGUUUACACUCAAGAAAACUCUUGGCAAUAAUGAGGAACUAGAUGGGAAUGAUGUUGACAGUGUUACUAAGGUAUCGGUUUUCUAUUGGAAUGAGAAUGAGACUAGACCACUGCUCUUGGAGAUUAUUAAGAAUAAUAAUGACCUGGAAAAGGAAUACUAUUAUAAAUACGGGAAUAAUGAAAAUGAAGCUGGUGGUCAGCACCAUCUUUGGAGACACCAGAAUAGGGAUGGAGGAAUAUCAUUGCAAAGUAGACUCGAUGAAAGGAAUCUUGGUAUAAACAACGUUUUCCCUCUCGACCUAGAUAACCCUGAAAAACGUAUACAAUCUACUUCUAAUGCUGCAAAAGAUAAAGGUCUAGAGAGAGUUUCAUCGGUUCCUCAACUCACGGGAACUGAUUAUGUUGUUACGGAGUACAGAUUUAUUAAUCAUGAUGGAAAUACUAGAUUUUCUAGAGUGGAAUAUGGAAAGGAAAAGGCGAACGGUAUUGAGAUUCCUGCUGGUACAACUACAAAUGUUAGACUAUACUCCUCACCUGUAAGCAAUUCACCCAUUAUGUUUGAAUUUGUUGGUCUCGCCGGUGGAAAUUCCACUUUUUUUGACACAAAAGAUGGUAUAAAUUGGGGGAAGGUUAUUAAUUCAGAUGGAUUCUACGAUAAAAACAAGUCUAAAGACCAUCCUUUACCAACAGAAGCCCUGAAAAAUAAAUUAGAUGAGCUUGCAUGUUUCUACUACAACGCAGUGACUAUAGACAUAUCCUAUGAUCUAUCUACGAGAAAAAAAGACAAAUGGUAUUGUUGCAAUAAACACAAUAACAAUGAAAAGGUCCAUGUUGAGCAAAAGGAAGUUUCCUGUAAAGUAGAGAAUCAUAAGAGCACAAGUACCAUUAAAGCUUAUAGACACUCCAUUGACAGUAGUUCUAAACUAACAGCCAUCAAGUACUACCUUAGUUCUGAUGGACCUAAAAAGAAUAGGAAACGUAUAACAUCCAGAAAACUAUCACUACCUAUUCCUGGUCCAGUUGAUGUUUAUGUUUUCUAUUGCAGAGAGGAUCCCAUACUCGUAUAUGUUGAUGCUAGUAGAAGUACAAGUUCUCAUGCUAAUACAGGAUGGUUUAGGAAGAGCACAAAAAAUAAUAAAAAUCAGUGGACACAUUUCUCUGGCUCACUAAAAGAUCUAACACCAACUAAUAUUACUGACUGUAGGAAAUGGAGUAAACUGGUAGGAGUACUAGAAAAACUUAGCUGUAAUGAACUCUCAAAAUGCUCUAAUUCUCCUUCACUAGCACGCACUGAAGGUAGUUCUGGAAGUGGAGAAGAAGAUGACAUUCACUUGGGAGAGUCUGAGGAAGAAGACGAGUCAUAUAAAACACCUGCCACUCCUGGUAAAGGCCCUGAAGUGAGCGAAAAGGGUGAAACAAAUCAAGGAACUAAAAAGGAUGAGGAAAAAUCUAAAACUGCUGGCUAUAAAGUUAAUAGUGGAGCAAGAGUAGACACUGUUGAAGAAUUAUGGAGAGUACUUGAUCCUCUUAUCAAGCUUGGAUUAACUGGACCAGCUCUGACCGCUACACUUGGACCUGUUACCGUUGGUACAGCUCUUAACCUGGCUGAUGAAGCCCUUGAACAUAUACUUAGCACUGAGGAAGUCCCAGCAGCUGACUUAUCUGACCAGGUUCCUGAUACAGAGUCUGAGACUAAGAUUCUCCUACAAGGUACUCCUGUUGCUCAAAUGGCUGAAAAUACUUUCUCUAUGUCAACCGAACACGCACGAGAUGUUCAUAAAUCUCCUCAACAAUGUGGCUCAACUGCCCAAGAUAAUGCCCAUAGUCUAACAGGUGUACCAAGUGAAGUUACAUCUAUAGUUCAUAAUCCUGAUGGUACCACUGCACUAGAAGUUACUAACGCUACUGGCCAGCCCUUAUUUCGUGUUUUACCUCUUUAUAAAGAUCCUCUUCCUGAUAAUAGACCUGGUACUGUUCCUGGUGAUACCGGUGCUAGUAAAACUGAUGGAGAACGUGUUGAUAAAGCUGAGCAAGCAUCUCAAGAUACUAUUCAAGCUACUGAAUUUCCACCCUCUCCUGAAGAACAACCUAUCCCUCAAGAGAAACCUAAAGAACAACUAGAACUAAAAGGACCAUUACGUUCUGAAGGCCAAGAUGCUAGAGCACAAGAUCAAGCCGGAGCCGAGGAAGGAAAUGAAGCAUCUAGUGAUGAUGAAAACUCAUCUGAAGAACAAGGUACUGGUGCUCUUCCUAAUGGACCUACUGGUGAAAGGGAUGAAACUGGUAGAGGUACUCAACAAGAUACUACGUCCUCUACUCCUGCUCCUGAACCUGCUAAACCUACUACUGCUUCUCCUGCUCUUCCUGAAAAAGCUGCUGCUUCUAAUACUACUUCUGAUACUACUGCUCCUGUUCAAGCUCCUGGUGAAGAUGGUGAAGGAUCUCCUGGUGCUCAACCUCUUGCUGGAGUUACUACCGCUGCUACUGGUUUUACUGUUCUCACCGGAUUAGGCUCUACCUCUGGUACUCUUGCCGGAGCUGGUGGUCUUACUGGAUUUGCUUAUUGGAUCUACAAACGUUCUAAAGGAGAUCCAUGGGUAACAAGGCACAUUUCGCCGUUGCAUAUUCAGUUCAAGACCCAGUAUGGAAAGAGGCCGCAUGGCACGAGUUCCAUCAAGAGGUACGGAGGGAGUCACAUACAAGAGCUUACCAAUGAAAGGUGUAAAAUGGCAAAGAAGGAAGGGAUAAUUCACGAUCCCAAGAUGCUCUUUGUCAGUAACGUUGACCCAGAGAUUACGCAGGAUGCUCUCGACUAUUUCUUCCAGUACAUUCACGGACCACUCACUAGCAGUACCACUCUGGUAAAGGAUAAAAUUACAGGUGGGUUUAUGUACAUGUAA